GCGCUCUGUAUAUCGUCUCUCCAGAGAGAGAUAACGACUGUCCAUGGACUGAAGGACAACUGAAAGGUUUUCACCUACUACAACAUCAUAAUAAGCUUUCUUCUACAAGAGAUCGUGGACAUUGAUGUUCUCCAUCUCUUGCGGCCUUUACAUGAGGAAUCCUUCUACCUUGCUCAUCGAAAAUGGCAACUACGGCGGACCAAACACAUGUUGAUUUGGAGGACGGUUGUGCCGAUAUUGGACGACACCGGCAUUCCGCUCCUUUGAGCGACGGAGGAGCCGAGAAUCACACCUCUGCUUCCUCCGAUGCUGAUGAAAGAUCCUGGCAUUCGGCGGUCGACUCUGCUGCUGGUCGGUGCUCUAGUCUCUCUGCAAUUGAGAUUGUCGAUUUAUCUCACAAGAGGAGGGAUUCAUCUGCUUCCGAUCGCUCGGUUGAGGUAGAUCUGGAAGCUGGUGUACCUGAGAGAAAAGUACAUUUGGUGAAAUCUGAUAGGGAUUGUAGGAUUUGUCAUUUGAGUUUCGAUGCAACGAAUCAGGAAUCUGGUUACUCUAUUGAGUUGGGGUGUUCUUGUAAAGGUGAUUUGGCUGCUGCACAUAAACAAUGUGCUGAAGCUUGGUUCAAGAUUAGAGGCAACAAGGUAUGUGAGAUCUGCGGAUCAGUGGCCUGUAAUGUAAUGGGAGGGAAUGAAGCAGAAAUGGAACAGUGGAGCGAAGGAACAGAUACUUCAACGGUGGUGGCUGAGGCUGUAAUGAUGCCACCGCCAACAAUUGAGAGGAGAAACUUCUGGCAAGGUCAUCGAUUCCUUAACUUCUUGCUCGCUUGUAUGGUUUUUGCUUUUGUCAUAUCAUGGCUCUUCCACUUCAAUGUUCCUUCAUGAUUGUUAUUUUUUUCAGAAAAAAGAAAGAAGUUAUUGAAGUUUGUAUUAUUAGUACUGAAGUACGUUGCUGUGACGACGACUUCUAAUAAUACAAACAAUGUGUAUAUUAUCAAAUAGUUUGACACGAGACCAUAAUGUUGUUGUGUUCUGAUUAUAAUUAUGUCAAAACCUUUUCCCAUUCAUAAAUAUUGUCUAUUGAGACUUGAGAGUGCAUAGGGUUUAAAUAUUGUCUA